AUGAACCAGUUGAAUCAGCAGUGGAUGACUGGACCAGAAUUCUUAUACUUACCAGAGCAGAGUUGGCCCCAUGAUAUCACCCGUGUUGACAAUGACGAAGUUGACAAAGAACGCCGGAAGACGCAGCCUGUACUCAUCAUCACUAGUACACAAGAUGCCAUUGACUGUAAGAAAUUUUCUUCAUGGAGAAGAUUGCUGAGAGUCACUGCCUAUGUCUUGCGAUUCGUCCACACCCUACAGGCGAAGAAGCAGAGUAAUACCGACAAGGAGCCCGGAGGUCCACUCCUGCCUCGCGAGAUAUCAGAAGCCACAGACUACUGGCUGAUUCAAGCACAAAAACCUCUACACCAGCGAGUGGCAAAUGGAGAAUUCAAGAUGCUGAGCCCAUUUACUGAUGAACAGGGUAUCCUGAGAGUUGGUGGCCGAUUGAAAGAAUCAAUAAUGACGUACAACAGGAAGCACCCGGCCCUACUUCCCCAUGAUCACCAAUUUUCCCAUCUGACAAUGCGCAACAUCCAUGAAAGCGGCCACAAUGGAGUAGCCACAACCGUAGCCAAGACAAGAGAGAACUAUUGGAUCCUGAAGGCGCACAGCUUGGCUAAGACAGUAAAGUACCGAUGCGCACUCUGCCAGAGCUGGAGCACAGAGUUAAAUCCCAAAUGA